CCAGUCGCGUGACUUGUCCUGUCCCAAUCGGGGAAUAACAUGCAAAGCGUUUCCCCAUCAACAACAUCAUGUUUACGCACACCAUCCACAGCAAAUACUCACGUCCAUCAGCACGAUUUUCCACAACGACGGCGACGAUAACAACGACAAUAACGAGCCAUUUCUAGCGUGAUAUGAUCUGAUUUGUCUAUACGUUUCCUUCUUCUUUGCCUGAGGUUGAUGCCGCCACGAUUACGUCUUCGUCUACGCCCGGCCUUCGCCUAUCCCAUCCCUCGAAUAAUAAUAUCAAUCAAAACAAUCCCUGCGACUUGGUUCCCACAAUAAACUGGCAAAGCUUUUUGCCAGUCAACAGCACAGUUGGAUAUGAACCAUUCAGCCAUGGUCCCCGAUAUUGUGCGACAUCCUUCCCAAGGCUCCAAUUCCCUCCCACAGAACUCACAACCGCGAUCACGGACCCGCCAGAGCACAAUAGAACCCGUGCGAUCACGUUCCAAUACCUCUGCUUCCCGGAAUAGUCGGCCAUCAAGAUCGCGCGGUUCGACCGCGAGCAUCCAUUCCACUACAACCCAAUAUAACCCAGACCAAAAUGUCGCUGAGGGAUAUCAACCGUAUAUUCACCCAGAGGCCGGCCCGAACCAGCAUAUAUAUCAUUCGAACCCAGAGAGAUGAUCAUCCGCUUUGGUGACCAGCUGGCUAAUUCGCAUUCCGGCCACGAGGUCCAUACUCACAGAAUGCCAAUGCAUGGACUUCCAAUAGAGUUACCCCCUACCGGCCUCCCAGGUGACGUUCACACUGGCCACUAUGCCCAAAUGUAUGAUGGCGUCGAGAACCAGAUCCCAGAUCACUUGAUGGGCGAUAACGAAGGCUCCGAACCCGGACCCAGGAAACGAAGAGGCACAACUACAACGAUAGCCAAUGAUAAUGAACUACGUCGAUUGCUGCGUCAAUACGAUGGAUAUUCUCUGCGCCAGAUGGCUGCUGAAGUACAGAAACAUGACGGCACGGGAGGAAAGUCGGAGAAGGUUAAGCAGGUUUUUGCGAUGAUAUGGUUGAGAGAAAACUGCCAGAAAAAUUCUGGAUCAGUUCGACGCGACCGCGUAUAUUGUUCCUAUGCGGAGAAAUGCGGCAGUGAGAGGGUUUCAGUCCUGAAUCCAGCCUCCUUUGGCAAGCUUGUCCGCAUUAUUUUUCCAAAUGUCCAAACUCGACGGCUUGGGGUCCGCGGCGAAUCCAAAUAUCAUUAUGUCGACUUGUCCAUUCGAGAACCUGAACCAAAGCCCCUGGCAGAAAUUUCAGAGAAGAAUGUCGAGUCUGCUCCUUCUCAUCAAAGGGUGCCCAGCAAAUCCCAACAAAGUACUUCACAACAACCGAACUCGAGUACAAAUGGAACUUCAUCAAGAAGAAAAACUUCUCCGACACCCAAUGUUCAGCAUCCUUCGGCACCAGAUUACUUAUGCGAUCAUUCGCAGCCGAAAGAUUUGAGUAUGAUGGCAACAGUAGACGCCUCUCUCAUCGAAACUCAACGACUGAUGGAUCAACUGCUUCAAUUCAGCCGUCCAAAUGAAUCCCUACCGAUCGACAAUGAUUCCCUUCAGCUUCCCAACAUUCAUGGUUACCUGCCAGCGCACACAGACAGCGAAAGCGCCGAUGCGCUUGCGGCCCUAUACCGCUCACAUUGUAUAUCAGUCAUCGAUAGCUUUCGGUAUUGCAAAGAGAAAAACCUCUUCCGCCACUUCGCCUCUUUCCAAGGCACACUCACCGUUCCUGUCCACAAGCUCUUAAAUCAUCCGGGCGUUGCACCUUGGAUUAAAGAGUGUGACUGGCUGAUGUAUCAGAAGAUGAUUGCUUUUGUUGCCCCUUUAACCACCCAGGUUGUUCCAGAUCCUGUGCUGAAUGCUUUCGGGUCUAUUUCUAGAGGUCUGGUCGCCCAUAUAAAAGAUACAUUGAAAUCUCAUCCCAACCACGUGUCCCAAGCUCGACUUAGCCCUGCACGGAUAUUUUGUCGCCUCCUGAAGCGCAUGUUAGAUGUCAAUCAAUCUGCGAUUGCUGCUUCUGCCUGGCUCUGUCAUGCUGAAAAUCGAACGAAAAUGUGGGAAGACUUCGUUUCAUAUAUUGACCCAAUGGACCUUGUUGCCAAGGCAAAAAUUCCAAACUGCGCUAUUGAAGGGGUUUUGAACAUGAUGAAAGACCAAAUAAAGUUUCUAAUUGCCCCUGACGAUGGCAAAUCUCCCGACGUGCAGCUCUAUGAUGAGGACCUUGGCUACCAAAAAUUCUCCUAUUCGUCUACGGACACCUCAGGAUCUGCCCCAUUUCCCGAUCGAUGGAUCGCUUUCAUUUUGAACCUCCCUGUUCUAUUCCCCCAUCACAAAGCCCAGUGCAUUAUCGACAGAGCAGACGCGCUAUGGACGCUAUUGCUCCAUCGACUCACACUUGGUGGCGCGCAAAGCUUCAGUGCGUGGUGGAUGACCAAGGUGUUCUUUUUGGAAAUGAUGUUGUGGCAAGCGGAAAAGGGAGGGUUUAUGGGUUGCACCGCAAAAUCAUUAGAAGAAUCUUUGCUUACCCAAAAUGUUGCCCAAGGGACAGUUGAGCCAUGCCCGGUACAAUCUACAUCAGCUAAUUCUGACACACAUUCGUCGCGCGACCCUAGGUCACAGGAAUCCCAAUCCCAACCGCAAUCGCAGCUCCCAAGUAUCAACCCGAUAGUUCAGGCUUCGUCCCCUCAAUACCUCCAAGAUGGUAGCGGUAGCGCUUCGAUGUCCACAAUCUCCGGCAAUGAAAAGACAGUUGCCGCUACGAAUGCCAAUACAUCGCCCACUAAUCGAACCCUGGCCCAUGACGACAGCGCCAUUGACUUGGAGGAUGACUCCGGACUUCUCACAGUCAGUAAAUACGGAGACAUGAUGGCAUCUGACCCUGCGGAUGCAGAAGGUCAGGUUAUUGUUGUAUAGAAUCCCGACUUUAUUCCUGCAUAUUAUUGUAACUUACGAUACUGGUUUCAACGACGUUUUGGUUUUCUUCGAAGUACAUAUUAACAUCCACAUCCAGGGACAGGACAUGUGGGAUUCCUUGCAUUUCUUUCUUCCCUUUUUUU